AUGUGUGCUUAUUUAGGUGCAACGAUGGUGAGUGUUCCGACAGCGGAAGCUCAGGUUUUUCUUCCUUGCAAAACAUCUAGAGAUUGUGGAUACCUUCACUGCUCGAGUGGGACAGGUCACUGCGUAAAGAGUCAGUGCCAAUGUAGUGACUCGAUGACUGCUAAAAGCGACAACUUUAAACCGACGAACUAUGCUCAGCCGUGCAACAAGACGAGUGACUGCGAUCCUAGAUAUGAACCUAUAUGUGUCACAGGAUCUUAUUUGUGUUACUAUGGGCACUGUAGUUGUGUUCAUUAA